AUGAAUGAAAACGAUAUUCUUGUUCCCGCUUCGUCUGACGACGAACAACCUGAAAACCCAGAAAAAAACACUACAACCGGUCAAACCAGCAGUACGACCUCUGGCGAUCAUGUAGGAGAAGCUGACACUUCGAGUAAGAGCAAGAAGAAGGGACCUGGGAAAGGGAAGCAAGCGAAGGAUCCUGGGAAAAGAAGGCGAAAAUUUGACGACAAAGCUGGUCGACACGAGCUGAUGCAGGAAGCUGCAGAAUCAACUGCGGUCAAAGGUCAAGAGGAUGAUAAGGUCGGGAAAGAGAAGGGGAAGGGGAAGGAGGUGGAUAAGAAAGAAGAGAAGGGUAAGAAGGCUGAAAAAGAGGAAGAAGAGUGGGAGUUGGAUAUCCCUUGGAUUCAUCCCGACAAUAGAAGUCGAGCUACGGGUAUGAGUGGUGCACUAGAUGAUCAGACAUGGUAUGAAGUUAGGAGGUCUCAAGUAUUUGGUACAAAUGUCGAACGCGGAGGCUGUAUGAGAUGCCGAAUGAGAGGUUUGGCAUGCGAUAUGGCCAGUCCAUGUGGUAACUGCGUUCAUACCUUGCAUCCAGAGGGCUGCUUCCCUGACGUAACUGAGUGUCUACCCGAAGAUGACGAAGUUCGAUCAGCAUCUCGACGAUAUGCUCUUGCUUUUGCUGGCUAUCAAAAGCAUGUUGAGAAGAAACGAGCUGAACCUGCUAAGCCAAAUACCAUAUCUGAUUUCUUCAAACCAAAGGGUAGAUGA